UCACAGCGGUGACGGCAACAUGGCGGCCCCCAGGAAAGCAGAGAGCGGCCAGGUGGCUCCGGCGUCCAAGGACCGGAGCAAAAAGAAAGCAGUAGAUGAGUCAGAACUUCUCACUGUUCCUGAUGGAUGGAAAGAACCAGCCUUUACAAGAGAAGAUAAUCCUAGAGGGCUUCUGGAAGAAAGCAGCUUUGCAACUCUGUUUCCGAAAUACAGAGAAGCUUACUUGAAAGAAUGUUGGCCAUUGGUGCAGAAAGCCUUGAAUGAACAUCAUGUGAAUGCGACGUUGGACUUAAUUGAAGGUAGUAUAACUGUCACCACAACUAAGAAGACUUUUGAUCCAUAUGUGAUCAUCAGGGCAAGAGACUUAAUAAAGCUUUUAGCAAGAAGUGUUCCAUUUGAACAGGCAGUACGCAUCCUUCAGGAUGACACUGCGUGUGACAUCAUUAAAAUAGGGUCUCUAGUGAGAAACAGAGAGAGAUUUAUAAAAAGAAGACAAAGACUCAUUGGGCCAAAAGGAUCCACUCUGAAGGCUCUGGAACUGUUAACAAACUGUUAUAUCAUGGUUCAGGGGAACACUGUUUCAGCUCUGGGACCUUUUAAUGGGCUAAAAGAGGUUAGAAAAGUGGUCCUGGACACUAUGAAGAAUAUUCAUCCCAUAUAUAACAUAAAGACUCUCAUGAUUAAACGGGAGCUGUCAAAGGACCCUGAACUAAGAACACAAAGUUGGGAACGAUUUUUGCCUCAGUUCAAACACAAGAACUUGAACAAACGCAAGGAGCCAAAGAAGAAAAAUGUUAAGAAGGAGUACACGCCUUUCCCACCUCCGCAACCAGAAAGCCAGGUUGAUAAAGAAUUGGCAAGUGGUGAAUACUUCUUGAAAGAAAGCCAGAAGAAACGAAAGAGGGUGGAAGAGAUAAAGGCAAAACAAGCAGAAGCCAUUAGUAGGAGACAAGAGGAAAGAAAUAAAGCUUUUAUCCCUCCCAAGGAAAAGCUAGUUGUAAAACCUAGAAAAGCUUCUACUGAAACAAAAAUUGAUAUUGAAGCAAUCAAGGAAAAGGUGAAGAAAGCAAAGAAAAAGAAGCUGGGAGCACUUCCAGUGGAAGAAGUUAAAUUAAAAAUUGCAGCAGAUGAAAAGAAAAAGAAGAAGAAGAAAUGAUUUGCCAGCUGGAACACUUGCAUUUCUUUUACACUUGCAAAGGAACUGUUUUCGUACUUUGAAGAUUUAAGACUUGGGGUUAUCAGCGUUGCUAUACUGCCAGUGAACACUGAUGAAAAGAUUCAAAAACACGUUUGUGACAAAGAGAAUAUGUUGGGGAUUUAUGGACCUAAAUAAGCAGUGUAAAAUCUUUGGAGCUUGAAAAGAAAAUCAUUUGGUAUCCUCCGUCACAUCAUAAACAACUGAAAAGGUACAAUAGUAUCUUUUCACCAUUCACAUCAUAUGUGUGAGAGCGAUUAGGAGUUUUAAACCUUACAUGAAGGUUUUCAGUAUUGCAUAAUACAAAAAGCAAGUUGGGGAAGGGGGGUUGGUACACAAUGCUAAACAUCAGGCCAUAAGAAUUUGACAGGAAUAUGUUAGGGGAAGAGGAUUGUUUUGGGUUUUUUUGAAGAAACGUUUCUCUAACAGACUGGCACUGUAUAACAAGCUUCAGAUAUGGAGAUGUUAAAUCUGAUAACUUUUGUAAAAGCAACCAGUUGUAUUUUUAUAUAUUAUAUGUCAUUCUGUUUAUCAGAGCU